UUUCGUUGGCUUCUAGAUAUGUAACGUAGGAAAAUCCCAGGCCUAAAGUUCUUCUAAUGGUGUAAUUUCACUGCAUCUUGCCGUAUUUUAGGCUUUUGUAAAGGCAAGACGACCUACUUGCUGCAAGGCACGUCUACACACUCCAACUAGGGGAGAAGUGAACCACCACAGAUCACGUCUACGAGUUCGUGACGUCACGACGUGAUGCUGGCCGCCAUCUUGUUUGCUUUGACUCCCAGCUGCCGGUGGUGCGCGUGUUCUUAUUUAAAAUAGAACGUAAAUAAACGCCCAGAAGCAGAUUGAGCACGUGAAAUGAACUUGAACAAGGACGCCCUUUUGGACGAGUUAACGGACUUCGCAAGUCAGAAACCCGCGGAGAUUCCAACUUCGCUGGACGAGUACUUGGGCAAUGUGGCGAAGACUGGGGACACGUUGUUUCCAUGGCAGAACCUCAAACCUCUGCUCUGUCGAAAGUUGGAGCUUGUGAUGAACGAGUUCUACAAGCAGUACCCUACGGACGACCUUCCCGCCCUACCCAACGUGGAGCCGUUCAAAUACGAAGACAUGAAGGCCAAGAUCCUAGAGUCCAUCAACUGCUUCACCAGCGCACCAUUCACGAUCCAGCGGCUGUGUGAGCUUGUGGUGGAUCCCAGGAAGCACUACAGACGCACGGACAAGUUCAUGCGAGGACUGGAGAAGAAUGUGCUGGUGGUGAGCACCGUGGAGCCCAAGUCAGCCGUCGCCGCUCAGGACACGUCCGCAGGAGCGGUCCCGAUGGUAAACGGCCUACCCGGCGUCGAAGACAACGGGAUCAACGGCCACCUUGCCGACUCGACGGACGACAUUGCGGGCCCUCACUCGGAGCCAGAGGUCGGCGACCCUGUCCCGGAUGGAAAGGCGGAGCCAGAGUCCAGCACGGCCUCCGUCGUGGAGGUCCAGGCUCCAAACGACGAGGCGUCUGCAGGAGACCGGCCGCCAGGCGCCGACGAGAGUGGGGAAGUAUCGGAAAAAAUGGAAGUCGCGGAAGAGGAGAAGCCGUCGUCUUCCACAGAGGCAAACACGAGCAAGGUCGUGGAAGAGCCAGAAGCUCCAGCAAAACUCGCGGAAGUUGUGGCUCCAGCCGAAGACGUAAUCGUCGAAAAACCCAUGUCUCCAACAGCCGAAGAGCCCGCUGCGCAAGCGCCGUCUCCGGAAGUUGCUGUCCACGCGGCACACACGGACGCAGAACCAAAGCCCGUCGAAGAGGAAGUCGCUCCCACGAAAGCGAGCGACGAAAAAGAGGCGAGCGUCGAGUCGGAGGAAGCGGAGGCAACUCUGGCGGAACCCGAGAUCGCGGCGGAGGACGCCCAGGUUGCGUCGGAGUCGACUUUGAGUUCCGCGACGGUGGACUCGAGCGACGGGGAGUCGAGCGCUUCCCUCGACGGCCCGUCGGAGGAGACGGCCGAACCCCCCCUCAAGAAGUUCCACCCAGAGCCGGAGAGCGAACCCACGGAGGAACUGCCGCUGUCGUCUGCCGCCGCGACGGAGGACUGCAUCACGGAAAAAGAAGUCUCGACGCCCGAACCUUCGGAGAAGACUGCCGAGUUGCCCGAACAGCUGCCAGAGGAGGGGCCUCAGAUCGACAGCUCGGCUGGCUGUGGAGCCGAAACUCCGGUGGCCAAGGACCUCGAAGAAGAGGCCAUGGACCAAAACUGAAGCCAAGCCAAGCUCCCUUCCAUGGCACAGCUCUUAUUCUUGCCAAGAUUUCGUUUUCAUUUUUUUCUUAUGUUUUAUACGUUUCACGUUUCCUAAGAAGAGAUGCAGAUGCUCAGCCUUCGGGAUAGAAAAUAUUUCCAAACGAUGGCUUUGAGUCCUAACGGUUGUGUUAAUGGCAGCCCACUCUCUCUUACUAUUUAUUGCCCUCCCUCACAAGAGUUGCCAUGGCAGAACACAAGUUUCGUGUCCAUUCACAGUGAGGUGCCGCAGCUGCUGAGAGCUCCGUCAAACCUCUCCUACGUGAGGACCGACCGACAGAAAAAGAUUAUACGAUCUCUGUCCACGUCAUUUGGCGAGAGCUGGUGGUUUGUUUCAUUCAAGGUGGCUGUGAAAGCAAAACAGCGGUGAAGAGGAGAUUACGUGUUUCCAUUGUCCGUGUGUGCAUUGAACACCUCAUUUUCAUUUGGCAGUAAAAUAUUAAUGGUACUGUA